AUGGCCUCUUCAUCUCCAGGAAAUAAUGAAUUCCAAAUCACCGCGUUUCAACGGAUGCUCAGCGCCUGUGCUGGGCUGAUUAUCAAUUCGCUAGUGGUUACUCCGUUCGAUGUGGUGAGGAUACGCCUUCAACAACAACAACUUCUUGAACCUUCACAAUCGGUAGCAGUACCCACAGGUUGUUGUCGGACCCAGCCAGUAUUUUGGCUAUCUCCAGUUGACUGUUCCAGCCCCUGUGCCACCGUCCAACCAUCAACCGUCAAACUAACCGGAACUUGGCAAGGACUCAAGUUUAUCGGGAUCAAUGAAGGAAUCACUUCGCUUUGGAAAGGGGUAUCUUUAGCGCUUUUCAUCGCUAUCCCUGGUAAUAUGGUGUAUUUUGCUGGCUACGAUCAUUUGAAAUCUAAUAUCCCAUUCAUUCCUUCGUAUUUCACCCCGUUGGUCUCGGGGGCCAUCGCCCGUACCGGGGCAGUUAUCGCCAUCGCCCCAAUCGAAUUAGUGAAAACCAGAUUCCAAGCCAUGCCAUCAUCAUCAUCAUCAUCUUCUUCUUCUUCCUCCCCGCUAACCACGCUUUUGAAAGAUACUAUACACGCAGUACGGGUUCGUGGGUUGGGCCAGCUAUUCAAAGGGCUUGAAUUGACAUUGUGGCGAGACGUCCCGUUCCUGGCGAUUUAUUGGGCAUCGUACGAAUUCUUCAAGCAUAGACUCUCAUUAUUGAAUCGGAUCAAUAAUAGUAGCGAUGUGGCGUUUGUAUCGUUCCUUUCAGGCUCGCUUUCCGGCACCAUUGCGGCCAUCGCCACCAACCCAUUUGACGUGGGGAAAACUCGACUUCAAGUGGCAGCCGAUGAGCCGGCUGAUACUGCUGGGGUUAGAAAUACCUUGAUUAAACGAUUACGCAAGAAACGCCCAUCUAUGUUCAAAUUUCUCGGAGAUAUUGCCAAAAAUGAAGGGGUAGGGGCGUUAUAUGUCGGUCUUACUCCAAGAAUCCUCAAAAUCGCCCCAUCUUGUGCGGUCAUGAUAUCGUCUUACGAAAUUUCUAAGCAUUAUUUUGCUAAACAGUAUUACAUACAAAAUAGAAAGCUUGGUUGA